GGCGCGGACACCUUGUUAUCUGUGGACAGGCUUCGCGGUGGUCGGCUUCAAUUAUCGUUUUACUGGGACACUUUUUUUAAUCGCUCACUUUCCUUUAAAAAAAACAAACAAAAAACGUUUUCACGGUUUCAAGUGUUUCGAACUGCUGCUGCCGCAAUUACCGGGAAAAAAAAUAGCAGCAACGGUCCAGGAUGAACUUUUCCUUAUCCCGGUUAACAUUUUCGCUUCUUUGAUUGGAGAAUCCCGGGCGUGUGGAAUUACACUUUUCCAUUUUUAGUGGGUUCACUGCGAGUGGAACAGUGGGCGAAAGUGUUAGGUGAAGACUUUGAAGAUCAUAAAGCGUGGUGGUGAUUCUCACGAGGAGACCUGAAACCUCGAAUACUGACGGGAGAAAUAUUCAAGAACAGGUGUUAGCAACCGAGCUGCAGCUGAUGGAUAAUCUGAAGUUUGCGCUCUUCUUAAUCAUCCUCACCACUGUUUCCAGUGACAAUGACCUGGACUGGAACUUUUGCGGCACAUGGCACCAUGGCAACAACCCCCUGAGCCUGAACCUCAACAUCUCUACUGGCUGUAAAGGAAUCUCCAUUUCAGCCAAUGAGAGCUUUCUGUCCAUCAACGGGCAGAUCACAGCCCAGUGUAGGAGAUCUGAAGUGAUUACCUUCAAGCACCUUGGAUAUGAAUCAGGAGGGGACAUCAAAGUAUUCAUGCAAGUAGAGGGGAGAAAGCUACAAGCAGAGCUGCAGAGUGAAGCAGGUUUUGCUUACAUUGUAAAAACUCACAGUUCUUAUAUGUGCUGUCUUUUCCAGGCCAUUGCUGGUAGACCUGUCAAGUCCAAUAUCACUGUCCACCUCCCUGCUGCCUUAAAACAAGCUGCGAAAAAUGUUAACAAUGUAGCCUGCACUUUCUUCAAGAACAUCUCCCUGUUACAGGAGGCUCACAAAACUGCCAAGCCUAUCAAUGAUGUGGUGGAAAUCACGGUGGAGAACGAGAUCAUCAGAAAUCUGCCUGAACCCAUUAGGAUAGAUUUUUACCAUGAAGCCGUAUCUAAAAGAAAAACAAGGGCAUGUGUUUCAUGGGACACAAGAAAAGAUUCUCUGCAGGUGAACUGGUCGAAGGAUGGAUGUAAGACAGAACAGAGUGGGGAAAACCACACUGUGUGUCAGUGUAACCAUCUGACGUACUUCACUGUGCUGGUGGACCUGAAUCGUCAACCAGUGCCCCACCUGCUGGAGCUUACUGUCAUUACAUAUCUGGGAUGUGCCAUAUCUCUGAUCAGCUGUGUUGCUCUUAUAAUAUAUCUCUGCAGGAAAAGGAGGCGAUCAAAGGAGCAGUCCUUGCCCAUCCAUGUGGGCUUAGCUGUGUCCCUCGCCUUCCUCAGCCUGAUUUUUUUCUUCAAUGGAGUCCUGGCUAACGUGGGAGGGGAAAGUGUGUGCACUUGGGUAGGAGCAGUACUUCACUACGCCCUCCUCUGCUCCUUCGCCUGGAUGGGCAUCGAAGUGUUGCACACUUUCUGGUUGGUCUACAUGGUCUUCACCCCCCGCCUGAAGCCCUACAUUUGGAACCUAGUUGGUUUUGCUCUUCCUGCUGUUCCCGUUGUCAUCCUGGCUCCAAUAGGUGAUAUUUAUGGGCUCAUAGAGGUGCCACCAAGCGAAGACCCUGAGAAUCCAUAUAAGAUGUGUUGGAUGGAUAUAACUGAGAAUAAAGGCUGGCUAGCUUUCUGUUUGACCAACAUGAUGACUCUGGCCCUCCUGGUGUCAUCUGGCCUUGUGAUGCUGUUCCUGGUCUACAGGCAGAUCCGCACCAGGGAUGAAUGGAAACAGAACCGAGUGGCAUUUCUCAGCAUAUGGGGCCUCAGCUGCUUAUAUGGGACCACUUGGGGUCUGGCCUUCCUUAAGUUUGAGCCCAUUUCUACCUUUAUUCUCUUCAUCACCUGUAUCCUCAACUCAUUUCAAGGUUUCUUCCUGAUGCUGCGAUUCUGCAUGCUGGACUGGAUGCAGAAGCAGGCUGGUGGCUCUGGUCUUGGCAGCAGCAGCACCGGAUCUACCAGGCAGCACAUGCUCCAGGCCCAGGAGAAGAGUUAAAUGAACAAAGAUGCAGAAGCCAGACUUUGAAUGUAAAAAUAAUGCCAGUAUACCACCAGUGAUGGAGGAGCUGGAGGUUGACCAGGACGUUUCUCCUGGAGGAUUAUUCUGAUGAAAUGUGUCUGUCAGGGGUGGUAACUGCAGGAGAAUAUGAGCUACAGCUAAAAAAAAAGGUACAGCAGGUUCUCCAUAUAUCCUACGUUUCUUAACUCUGUAACUCGGUAGUAACGAGCACAAGUUAGCUGUACGGGCAAACACAAAUAUGACCUGCUGUGUAACUGUAAAAGUGAAGAUGGGUCAGUAUUCCUUCCCAAACAUAAUCCAGCUGCUGUAACUUCUCAAACUUUGAGUGUGCAAACCUUUUUUAUUCACUCUAAAUUAUUUAUUCUUGAGCUUGUGUUCUAUUUAGUAAUCAUUACAACAGGAGAAAAAAGAAACAUUUUACAAAAUAUAUUUGCUGUUUAUUUAUAGCUCUAUAUGUCACACAUUCUGAGUUAUAAUUAAUUUUGGUGGCGAUUAGCUAAAUAUUAUAUAUCAAUAAUUCACUCAAGUUGCAUUACAAAAAGGCAUUUAAUCACUUGAUUCUUCUAAUUUAGGCCCGUGGCAAAGAAAUGACAGUAUCACUCAGGAACUCCUUAAUCAGGCCUAAAGCCUGCGUUUGCAGAAAAGCUAGACUGGCUCUAGUUGUACAGGAGGGGGAUGUCAAAGUUCAAACUAACGUAUGUGAAAUUAGAAAUUGUAAGUUGGAAAUAAUUAUGAAUUAUUCCCAACACGGAAAUUGCGAGCAGGAAUAGAUGCAGGUUACUGUUCUAUUGUAUAUAAAAAAAAGAAAGCUAUAUAAUACUAUUGACGAUGUUUUGAACUUUAGAUAAGCUUUUUAUUUUAUAUUUUGUAUCAUGUAUGCUUUUUUAUAGCUGCUUCCUAAGUUGUUUAAAGUAGCACUUUAGAUUUUCGGUCAUUUAAACAUGUACUUGUUGAGCCUCAGUGAGUUUUCUUUUGAACUGUUUUAAUGUGCAGAUGGUAAAUUCCAUAUUGCAUUUGUCCACACUGUAAAUUAAUAAGUGAAUAUUUUAUAAAUGAAUCCAGAGUGACUGUUUUUCUUUUUUUCAAACCUGAUUAUCAGACCUUUGUCUUUAAAAUGGGCCAAAAUGCAUUUAUUUGGUUGGAUGCGUUCCAGUAUUAAAUAGAAAUGUAAAAUUGUCAUGUAUUUCAUUGGCGUUAUGUUUCAGUCAUGUCCAGCAGAACUCACAUAUGUAAGCUUUUAGAUACUGUGAUGUUUGCACUUUUUUCAAAAUUUAAAAAUUAAAAUAUAUGUCACUCAAUUUAAUGUGUAUAUUUUGGUUU